AUGGCCAUCUUCGUGGUUACCACGUCAUCUGGUAAGCCCGACAAGGGUACAAUGAGAAAGAUCCGCAGCCAUGCGAUGCGCGGAAGGAAUACACGCGCAGACAGACUAGCUCGGGCUCAAGAGCGAAUGAAUCCCAAUAAAAGCCUGGUGCAUACUAUGGAAACUGAUAGCAGUGCAUCUUCCAUAUCAGUACCAUGUACCGAUUCAACAGCAGAACCAUGUAAUGGCCAGAAACCUGACAAGCAUAAUCUGUCAACAAUGAGUAUCCCACGAAAGCUAGCACCAGAGCUUUUGUUACAGCGAUCAGAAGUCGAGCUAAAACCGUAUAUGCUAGAGUUAAUAUAUCAAGGUAUUCUUACAAAUUCUAUGUCGACGAACCAGAAACUGAUCCAGCACUUUUCCCCAGCUUUCACAACGCCAAAACCCUGUCGAUACGCCAUAGACAUGAAAGUCGCCCAUGAAUCAGAGUCUCACAUCUUCAGACUCAGCGACAUGCACACGCACGAAGUAUCUCUCCACUCAAUCCUCUUCACAGCAUCGGCAUUUAAAGAAGUCUGCCAAGGAGUCGAGUUCAGUAUACUAACGAGAUAUCAUCUUGGUGAGACACUACGCUGUAUACAACAGAGUCUUCAAGGCAAAAGCACCGCAACGUCCAUGGCGACGGUGGGAGCUAUCGUUAACUUGGCGUCGGCGGCGUCUAGUUUUGGAGAUGUUGAAACUGCAAGGAAACAUAUGGAUGGGAUAUGUCGCAUUUUUGAACUCCGUGGGGGGAUAUCGCCUCUUGGAACUGCAGCGUUGGCGGAGAUGAAGUGUCAAAGGAUAGAGAUUUGUCUAUCAAUGGCAGAAGGUCGAAAGCCCCGCCUUCUUCCUAAUAUUCAAUCUUGGGAUUCACUUAUGCCAAAGUCUUCAAUCCAUCUCGCUCCGGAGUCCACGUUCCUGGACUCUCGAAACCUUACAACAGAUAGGCGUUUACUUUCCAUAUGGGCCGAUCUGCAACACUACAGCAGAUUAGCUAGUGAAAGCGCGCCCAUUCCACCAGAACUCUUCCUCUCCAUAAGCACAACUCUUCCAAACAGGUUGCUCCAUAUUUCCUACAACGCCCAAUCGACUUGCGAGCUUCUGAGGCUGUGUAUGCUCGUGUAUAUCAAGAGCAUCCUGUUUAGUCUUCCCGGGGUAGGGAAGAGAAUGUCCUACCUGUCGACUAAUCUGGAGAUGGCACUUCAGACGUUUGUACCCUGCCGCCGAGAGCACUCGACCUUCUUGCUCUGGGCGCUGUUAAUUGCUGGGGGCUGUAUUUUUGAGGACUUUGGCCGAACAUGGCAUCGGCAGGCUAUUCGCGAGACAUGUGACGUUCUUGGUGUUAGUGGCUGGAUACAAUGUAGGGAAAUGUUAAGCAGCGUGCUGUGGAUUGGUGAUUUACACAAUUCGCUGACACAGGACGGGUUUGUAAAGGUGUUUGAGCCUACAAAAACGACACUGGUCACGGACUAA